AUGAAGCGGAUCGCCUUCCUGCUGUCGGUGCUGGUGACCAUGGCGGCGGCCCAACCCGGCCCGAACAACAACAGCAGCAACAACAACAACCAGUACCCCUACGCCCGGUUCAGCCCUUCCAUGGCCAUCAUCAUCGUCGUCCUAAUCGCCGCCCUCUUCUUCAUGGGCUUCUUCUCCAUCUACAUCCGCCACUGCUCCGACUCCUCCUCCCGCGGCCCCGUCGGCAGCAUCCGCCGCGCCCUCUCCCGCCGCGCCGCCGCCGCCGCCGCCCGCGGCCUCGAUCCCUCCGCCCUCGAGUCCCUCCCGACCUUCACCUACUCGGAGGUCCGGGACCACAAGAUCGGCAAGGGCGCUCUCGAGUGCGCCAUCUGUCUCAACGAGUUCGAGCCCGACGAGGCCCUCCGCCUCAUCCCCACCUGCGACCACGUUUUCCACCAGGACUGCAUCGACGCCUGGCUCGCCUCCCACGUCACCUGCCCCGUCUGCCGGGCCGACCUCACGCCGGACCCCCCCUCCGCCGCCGCUGCCGACGACGACGACGGCGAUGAUAAUCAGCUCCCCUCAUCGACGACACCCGCACCCCCGCCGGCCGAAAACCCCCAGAUCACAGUCCAGGUGGACGACGAGGCCCGCCGGCCCGGCCGGAGCGCGAGCCUGGCGAGGGCGAAAAUGGUGUUCGGGCUGGGGAGGUUCCGGUCGCACUCGACCGGCCACUCGGUGCCGGCCGGGGUGGUCCAGCCGGGGGAGAACCUGGAGCGGUUCACUCUGAGGCUACCGGAGCAGGUGAGGAGGGAGGUUAUGGACCGGUCCCUGCUGAACCGGACCGGGAGCUGCGUGGCGCCGGCUGGCCUGCCGCGGGGAGGGAGCUCGCGGUCGAACCGGGGGAGGUCGUACCGGAGGAUCGAGAGGGAGGGGGUGAGGUCCGACCGGUGGCUAUUCUUCUCGAGGGGGCUGUCGAUGAAGUCGCCGAAGGUUGUGGCGGAGGCCGGCGAGGGAAGCGGCGGCGGUGGGAGCCGGGCGCCGAUGAAGAUGCCGUCGUUCAAGUGCCUGGAGCCGAAGGCCGCGGACGAGGCCGGCCUGUUCUCGCCGGAUCGGGACGCGCGCCCGCCGGUUUAG